GGUAUUAGGUGAUCAAUCAAUGCUACAGAGCUAUAGAAGUCUGCGUCGGUUCAUUAUACACUUCCUUGGAAGUGUAUGUUUCGUGGCGACUGAGUUGUUGUUCUUCCUCUUCGUCAGUCGUAAUUUUUUUGACAUUUGACAGAUCAGAUCAUCUGAUAAUUUUGUGAUUUAUUUUGGUUUAUUAAUUAAUAAUAUGACUAAUUGUGGAUUGUGUUAUUAAAAUUAGGCGAUAAAAAAAGAUGCACUGCUGUUUUCUACACUUGUAGGAUUGUAAAGAAUUAGCAUGUGAUGUGAUUUCCCACUCAUUCCAUUAUGAUCUUUAUAUCCCUGAUUUUUAUAGUCAUUACCAUAAUAAAUAAGUGCCAAGCAGAAGUUUACGCAAUUCCAGCAGUAAGUAUCUUAUCACAAUGUUGAAGUUGUUAAACAACAUCAAUCCUUCCACAGGAAUCUCAGUUCUAUUUCGAGAAAUUCGAUGAUGCCCCAGCUUUAUUUGGACCCAGCCUAGCUGAUGGUGGUAAGCAACUUUUGACCACCAUUUGUAAAUACAACGUCAGCCACUUUUUUUUAGCAAUUCGAGGUCUACUAAUUGACGCAGAUCCUCCCAGUGGCUGCAAUGCUUCCUUGAGGCCUCCUCCAACAGUCUAUAAUGACAUUGGAAAAUGGAUAUUGCUUGUACCUCGUCACACAGAAAAAGAGAAUUGCUCCUUCGAGCAAAAGAUCAGAAAUGCACAAGCUGCAAAUUAUUCUGCUGUGAUAGUCUAUAAUAUCAGGUAAGCUUAGGUUUAUGUGGCAUGAUUCACCUAUUUCCUCUUAGAUUGUUUAUCUUUAAUUUCACUAUGAAAUAAAUGUUAAUUGCUGUAUUUAGACACUGUCAAGUAUUUUAGUGUGAUAAAAGAAUUACCAUUGUGUGAUUAAUAGUUUUUUGUGUGAUAAGACCACAUUAAAAUCCAAAUUUAAAUUUGGUCAAUUAGAAAUGAGAUGCAUUUUAAAAGCAAUGAACAUGUUUUUACAAUGGGAAAAUCAGAUAUUUUUAACCUUUGGGUCUGUGCUUAAUAAUAAUGAUAGUUAUGUACAAUUGUAAUCUAAAGUCAUUAUCACAUUUGAGCCAUGUUAGCGAAAACUGAAAUGACCUUGACCUUCCACUAAUUUUUGGCCCCUUUAAAGUAAAAGCACAUUUUCAAAUGAGCAAAGUGAAGCAAUGUGUCAUGUUUGAUCCAUACAAAUCGCAUGUUGUUAUGGUUCUCACUGCAUCUCUUCUUCUUGGUCAGCUUGCAUUGUAUGAUUUCCAAUCUAGUUGUUUUAAUUUCCUCUACCAUGGCAGAACUUGCACAUUUUUUGUCUUGGACUGUACCAUAGAUAUACAAUACAUAAAGCUCUUGUCACUAUUUUUGAUGGACACAUCACAAUGUCAUACAAAGUAAACAGAAUGAAUAACUGUUUUAUGUGUGUAGCUUAACUUCUCUAGGGGAGAUUGCACACUGUGCAAGCUCCUCCUUAAGGCAGCGCUCUUGCAGACACACAUAAAUUGGGUGAUAGAGCGCCAUUAUUUAUCAUCCACUUUCGGAAAAUACAUCUAUAUAUUUAAUACUGUCAACAUAAAUGUGGAAGACCAUACAUUUUCAAGAUGGUGAGGCAAAACUAAAAAACAUCCUCCCACAGAGGACAAAUCCAUAUAUGUAUGUGUAAGAGAGAUGAAUGUAUGGAAGUAUUUCUGUAAUUUUUGCUGUAACCCGCCAAAAACCGUGAAACGACGUUUUAUACAGUAACAUACUCGAAAGAUAUACUUUUGUUUUUCAAUAGAAGGCAAUUAGAAGAACAGAUAAUUCUACAUCUGAAUAUAUAUUAAGAUCUAAAAUCAAUGUUACCUCUAGAGAUGCGAGGCUAGAGAAAAAAAAUUAUGGAAGUUUACCAGAAAUAUUGUUGAAAAAAAUAGCGUCAGGCCUUUAGUAACCCCUAACAGGGAUUUCAAUAUUGAUCUUGGGUUUGACAUUGAGCCUCACCUUCAUGGUCUGUCAAUCAGUUCAAACAUUUGAUCAAAUGAUUCACUGUGGCUGCUUGAAAUCCAAAUUCUGGUCUUUACCACACACCAUGUGUGUUUAAGCCAUCAGAAUUCACUACACUCAUACAUCAGUUGCAUAGAUCCGCGUCAAGUGUAUAUAGUCCCAUAGAAUGUGGAGGAGCAAUUACAAAAGUUGAUGCUACUCUCAUCCACCUUUUAGAAAUACAUCAUAUGGUGAACACUUGCCGCCAAGGGUUCACGCUAAGACGGAGCAGAGGAAGCGUCUCCGACACAGACAUACCAAAAAUACAAUAUCCAAGGAUUAGCGCAUGUCACGAAACUAACAUAGAUACACAAACAGUGGAUCAAAGCCCUUGAGUCAACACGCAUUGCAGUGAAUCCAGCGCGCACUUAGGCAAGAUUUUUCUUGGCUGCCUCACUUUCCUAGCAUCAGCUAAACUGAAGAAACCUUAGCAAAUCUGAUGGAUGGCGUCGUAGUAACUGAGACCUCAAUUUAAGAAUAGAUGCCUUCAAGUUAUUUAAAUUCACCAUUUCAACUACUAGAGCUUUGUAACCACACGAAACUGCAUAAAGCAAUUCGCUUUUUCAAAAACAAGAAAGCGCAUGGACCUGAUGGAAUUCAAGCCCUUUGUAUUAAAUAUAUGGGUCUAAUGCUGAAAACGCAUCUUCUGCAUGUGAUCAGUUUUAUCCCCACAACUGGAUAUUUUCCAAUACGAUGGAAACAAGGAUAUUGCGUUUUUAUGCAUAAAUCUGACAUGGGCACCAGAUCUAAAUCAUUCUGACCAAUAACUCUUUUAAGUAUAAUGCCAUAAGUGAUUGAGUGGUUUAUCCUCAGUCGUUCAAACCCCUGGCUAUAACACGCAAUUUCACACUGCCAACACGGCGUGCGUACGAGGCUUUGGCCAAUAAAGACAUUGUGUUGCUGCCAACUGACGUCACUAAAGCCUUCAACAGCACAUAUCAUAGAGGACUACUGUACAAAAUGCAACAACACAUUAUUCCAGCUUCUGUCAUACAUCUUGUAGAGAACUACCCAAGUGGUCGAACAGAACUUUUGAAUGUUUUAUCCAGUUCACGGGAGUUAGUGAAUGCUGUGCCACAAGGGCCAAUUUUGGGUCCAGCUUUAUGGAACUCAUAUGUGUCGGAUCUUCCAAAAAACUACAAUCUGGGAACUAUUUUUUCACAGUACACAGAUAACUUGUGUGUCUUAAAACUUUCCUCAAACCCAGAUCGCACGAUUAUCCGCGCAGAAUGGACCAAGCGCGAAUUAAUAGACUGAUAGUACUGAAGCUUAAUGCGCUAGAUACUGUAUUCUGUUCAGCGUUGCGCGGAAACACAGAAGUGUAAUUGAAAUGUGGAAUAACAUGUUAUUCUCCAUUAACUGGUGUCAAAAAGGAACCUUUCUAUCUAAAAAAAACCUUGAAAUCACUUCGAAGGUAAGGUUCAUAGUUAAAACCUUGUUAAAAGUUACUAAAGACCUGUCCUUAAUAUCGUUGUCAUCAAUAAUCCUGCUAAGCUUCUAGGGAUUUUCUCUGGAAACUUAUAUUUUAAUACUUUUUAGGAUGUAGAAAUUUACGUUCUUUCGACUGCCGGUGUCAAAAGAGGGUUUCCUUUUAAAACAAAAGUUGACUUUGAAAUAAUAUUGAUGGUGAGCUCUAAGGUCAAAUCCAAGAUCACCAUUGAGGUGCUUGUUUGAAGUGAGUAAGGAACCGACCUUAACCUUUUUCAAAAAUAUCUUACCUGGAAAAUACAGACCCGUUCCGAUAGUUUUGUUAGAUACGGUAUUUAUGUACAAUUAAAAUAAGAAAUAAACAAAAAAUAUAUUUGUCUUCUACCAACCAAAAAAGUAGGUUAUUGCUGGCUGCCUGGCACGCAAAGUUUUCGUUCUGCAAAUGACGCUUGCAUCUCUAGAGCUUCAAAUAGAAGAUGAAACGCUUUUUGUCAAAUGCCAUCAUAACAUGACAUAAUGAUGUUUAUACCUGAGCCCUUAUAAAUUUCACAAGUUUAAGGAAAAGUUAUAUUAUGCGCAAUUCAAGCUUAGAUCACAGUGGCGCUCUUGAAAGAUUGCCGCGUUCUAAAUCGCCCCACUUUGUUCAGUAUUUGUCGUUCUGCUGUUGAUACACAAAUACUAAUUUUGUAGAUCUGAUGAGUUGAUUCCUAUGGCAGCUAGUAACAAAAGUGGAAUCAGGAUACCAUCAGUGUUUGUAGGUGCAACUUCAGGUAUAGCACUGAAAAGAUGUACCAAUCCUGAGUACUUCGUCGUCAUCACAGGAGAUUCCCCUUUUAAUAUCCAAACACAGCUGCUGAUUCCAUUUGCUAUUGUAGUUGGUAUUUGUUUUAUAGUGAUGAUAGCUUUCAUGAUUGUAAAAUUCAUAAAAGACAGAAGACGGCAGAGGCGUUACAGAUUACCUACUUCUGCCCUGAACAAAAUACCUACACGAAAAUAUCAAAAAGGUGACCCAUAUGAAACAUGUGCAAUUUGCUUAGAUGACUAUAUUGAAGGAGAAAAGAUAAGAGUGUUACCUUGUAACCAUGCAUAUCACACAAAAUGCAUUGACCCUUGGUUGACGAAAAACCGAAGAGUGUGUCCAAUUUGCAAACGGAAGGUGUUUGCGCAAGGCGAGGCUCAUCAUGACUCUGACAGCGAUUCUGACUCUGACAAUGACACUACCCCUCUUAUUAACUCUAACAAUCGCGGUACCCAGGGCGGAACCUUCGAGGAAGCAACGCAGAGCAUUCUUUCCUCCCUUGUGAGGGCUCAUAGGUCUAUUUCCCAGCAAAGUGGUGCUGGCACUAUAGUGACCAUAGUGACUACAUCUGAUCGACACAGUAUCAAUGGUGAUUAUCACAGUAUAUCCAGCAACACUAAUAGUACUGAAAGUUCAGAAACGGAUGAGGGAACUGCCUACGACAGUCUUGAGGUGCAUGUCCACAACCCUGACACACAGAGUGAGACAAGCGAAGCGGCAGCAAGCACAGAUGCCAAUAGCGCUGAAACAGGCCACACAGUACACACUUAGAUUUGGCCCAUUACCCAUUCCUUAGGUUCAUCAGUUCUAGUCGAAUCGCGUGUCUGUAAUGUAUGUCAAGGACUGAGAGUCACCAGGGUAUAUUAAAGAAAAUAGAAAUCACAUAGAACUCUUGCAUCAAUACCAAUUUACCAAUUAUUACUUGCCUGAAAUAUGGAAACAAAUAAAGACUACCAGUUAAUAAGACUGCUGUUUCAAACACAUGCAUGUGCCAGAUCCACAUGGAAUCGACGAUUCUCUAAAGUUAUUAUAAAUUUUAAUAAAUUGUCAGAAUGGUCUAUAAACUAAAUAUAACAGACUUUUGUCAUCAGGGUGGAGAAAGCAGGAGAUAAGGUAGGGUCAGCGGCGUCAGAGAGAUUUCCAAAAUGGCAUGUGUAAUGACAUUGGUGAGCAACAAAGUUACCAUUGACAUGUUUGUAUUAAAUCUCUAAUCUUCCGGCAUUCUUGAUAUAAUAGAUCAUAUCUGAUAUUAAUCAAAAUCAUUUUACUCAAAAACUAUAGUAGCUAACUUAGUGAAAUUAUUGGUUUGCAUUAUAUAUAUUUUGUUAGAUUUUUUAAAUUAUAUUUACUAUUAAAACAAAACUAAAAUUCCAAAUGUUUUGUUACUGCAAAAAAGUGCAUUCAAAUAAAGUUGGUACAACAUUAUGAACAUAAUGAAAACUUAUUGUGACUACUCCGCAUCUCACUAUUAUCAGUGAUUAAUGUAUUUCACCCGAAGACAAGAUUGAGAAGACUGACGUCUACCAUAGAUUAACGUAUUCCACCUGCUAUUACAUAAACUAGCUCAAAAAUAAAAAAUAUUUCGUCGUCUAGACUAAUACAAUAAAUGUUAUGGAAUAUUAAAGAUAAGGAAAUUCCGGAAUAGUUAAAGAUUGAUUUAAUCACAUUCUAAUAAAUAUUUGGUUCCAAUUAAAUUUUAUCACUUCUUCAUUAAUAACUACGUUAAUAUUGUCUGAUUAAAAUAUAUCGGAAGGUAAGAUUUGUGUUGGAAGUACUAUGUGGGAGACCUACGGGGAAUGAGGCAAAUAAUAUACGAUUGCAGGUAUAUGUGAGUAGCACCCAACUUGACAUAACUUUUUGCUUGCAUUACUGGUUCAACAUAUGAGCUUUCAUAUUACCUGUACAUUAAAUUUAAUACCGCAUACAUAUAUUAACACUUUAUGUACUGUGUAUUAUACUAUGUCACAUAUGAAAUAAUUGUAUUCAGACACAAACCAAUUUCUAUGCUAUGUUGAGCUAGUUUAUGUGAAGUUGAUGUGAAGUAAUAAGUAUUCGAGAGCGACCAUAACAAGUUUUCACUAUGUUCAUAAUGUUGCACCAACCUGAUUUGAAUGCACUUUUUGCAGAAAUAGAAGGAAUGAUUAUUAAAAAAAUAAUAAUAUAAUACAGAGCAGUGAACUACCUAGCAAACUCUGUAUCUCUGUAUCUGUGUCUUUAUUGCACACUGUCAUUACACAGGCUAAAUUGAAAAUAUUUCUCUGGGGCCACUGAGCCUUCAUUAUUCUUGCUAGACCCUUUCAAAUGUUUUUUAAGAAGUAAUGAACAGAACAUCGUAUUCAUGAGAACGAUUCCAAAACCUAGAUAUUAAUAAGACUUUUGACAAUUGGAGGAAUCUAUGAUUUUGUACGUAUUUCUUCCAAUAUGUUAUUGACUUAUUGCAAAAAUUACAGCCACGUCAAACUCGUAACUUUGCCAUCAUCAGCUUAGCAUUUUUUCCAAUCAAACUGGAUAUUAAAAUGGCAACGAAAUGAUUUUUUUGUAAUCUCAACGUUGCUUUCCACAAAAGAAUAUUGUUUCGUUUACUUAAAAGUUGUAAGUCGGUACAGAUAAAUAUUUUCUAUUUACGUCGUGUUUCAUGUGAAAAGGAUACGACGUUUUUAUACUCAAGCUGAUGUUCAAAUUAACUGAUUAUUUCGACGCUUUCUCUGAAAUAUACGUAUGCAUUGUUUUCUUAUCCAAAACAAACCAUUUAUCAUCAGUGUUUAACAUACAAAAAGUUUUUCUGCGAUUUUUUAUGAGCUCUGAAGGCACUUUUGUUCAAAUAAUCUUUGGUGACUCUCGGUAAAAUGUAACAAUUAAAUUCAACAUCUCCUUAAUGCGAUGAAAACAAGCUACUGCGUCGUUUUUUCUCCUCUGUAGGAAGUGGAAUGCUAAGCUGUUGAGCAAUUGAAUUCAACUGAAAUCGUCCUAUUGCUCUACAAAAAUAUUUUGCAAUGAAUUCCACUGUAGGCAAAACUUUUGAUUUUCUAAUUACUUUAUAGUUGCCCGAUUUAGAAUAUGCAACUAUAUGAUUGCUGAGAUCUGUUUACCAUCACGGGUUUAGGACGUACAGUUGACAUUUGACGUGUGGUGCUAGAAGUAAUAGAUGUUAAUUUAAGACUAACUUUUUCUUAUUUAGGAUCUUUUACAUAUGUUAACCAAAGACCCAUUGAUUACAUACCCAAACAGUCACUUUGGUGCUGUAGAAGGAUAAACUGAAUUUAAAUAUUUUUGGGGCACUAAUUUAAAAAUGCCUUUCUUUUUUUAGCAGCUCUAGUUUUCGAGAUAUAAACGUUUUAAUAUUUGAAAAAGUACAAAAUAUACCAUUUUCCACCCAAAAAACAACAUGAAAAAAGGAACAUUUUAAUCUUGCCAAAGGUCCUAAAUGUCCUUCAAACGUCCAUUAACAAAAUCUCAAAGCAUUUUAGGGGGUAUUCUUAUGUAAACCUUUGUUUUUUUAUUUGUAAUUGACGUAUGUCAAUGAUGUUGCACCAUAUAAUUGACAUUAUGCCAUUUAUAAUUAAAAAACAAAGGUUUACAAUAACAACACCCCUAUUAUGGUUUGGGAUUUUGUUAAUGGAUAUUUGAAGGAUUUAGGAAUUUUCAACAUUUAAAAUUUUGUUUUUUUAAUAUUGUGUAAAACACAUUCUUGAAAUCAGCACAACAGAAAUAUUUAAAAUCAGUUGGUGCCUUUCUGGCACCAACUUUGUUUUCAUUUUGCUGGUCUGCAUUAUUGGUGUAAAUAUAUAUGUGAAUUACGGGAUUGAUGGGUAUGACCUACAAACAGAUAUUUAUAUGUACGAUAAUCAGUGAUAUUUUUGUUUAAUGAAAGAUUUAUUUAGUAAUUUAGUACCUAAUAAUGAUUUAAGUGUACUCUAUUAUUAACUGUUGAGAUGUGAUUCGAUUGUAUAGUUCGUAGUGCAUACUGAAAAUAAAAACGAUAAAAUUUGUA